CUAGCGAUGGAGGGCUCCAAGUCGUCGAGCACAACUAUGCAGGUCAGCUUCGUGUGUCAGCGGUGCUGUCAGCCCCUCAAACUGGAUACGUCCUUCAAUGUGCUCGAUCGGGUCACUAUCCAGGAGCUUACAGCUCCUUUGGUCACAGUGACCCCCAGCAAACAGGCUGACAGCAGCGAGGGGGAGACAGCACCAGAGGAGACCUUUGUAGAAAACAAGCCAGAUGGAGUGUCAAGAAAAUACAUCCCUCCUGCACGGAUGAUGUCCACAGAGAGUGCCAACAGCUUCACAUUGAUUGGAGAUGCAUCUGAUGGAGGCACAAUGGAAAAUCUUAGUCGUAGGCUGAAGGUGACCAGCGACCUCUUUGACAUCAUGUCGGGCCAGACAGAUGUGGACCAUCCACUCUGUGAAGAAUGUACUGACACUUUGCUGGACCACCUGGACACGCAGCUCAACAUCACAGAGAACGAAUGCCAGAAUUACAAGCAGUGUCUGGAGCUGCUGUCACACCUGCAGGUGGAGGAAGAGGAGACCCUGCUAGCGGAGCUGCAGCAGCUGAAGGAGGAGGAGGAGGCCCUGGUCCAGGAGCUGGAGGCUGUGGAGGAGCAGAGGGCAGCUGUGGCCCAGGACCUGGCCGAGAGCAGGAUCCAUUCUCAGCAGCUGGACACGGAGGAGCUACAGUAUCAGAAGGAGUACAGUGAGUUUAAGCGACAGCAGCUGGAGCUGGAUGACGAGCUGAAGAGUGUUGAUAACCAGAUGCGUUACUGCCAGAUUCAGCUAGAUCGACUGAAAAAGACCAAUGUCUUCAACGCCACAUUUCACAUUUGGCACAGUGGUCAGUUCGGUACUAUCAACAACUUCCGCCUGGGUCGACUCCCCAGUGUCCCUGUGGAGUGGAACGAGAUUAACGCAGCCUGGGGACAGACGGUGCUGCUGCUGCACGCUUUGGCCAACAAAAUGGGGCUGCGCUUCCAGAGAUAUCGUCUCGUCCCAUAUGGAAACCACUCAUACUUAGAGUCCCUGACAGACAAGUCCAAGGAACUUCCUCUGUACUGCUCAGGUGGCCUGAGGUUCUUCUGGGACAAUAAAUUUGACCAUGCCAUGGUGGCCUUCCUGGACUGCGUGCAGCAGUUCAAAGAGGAGGUGGAAAAAGGAGACACUGGCUUCUGCCUCCCAUACAGGAUGGACGUGGAGAAGGGUAAGAUCGAGGACACGGGCGGCAGCGGCGGCUCCUACUCCAUCAAAACCCAGUUUAACUCCGAGGAGCAGUGGACCAAGGCGCUCAAGUUCAUGCUCACUAACCUGAAGUGGGGUCUGGCCUGGGUCACCUCACAGUUCUACAACAGAUAAACCUGCUGGACAAUGCCUCGGGUUAUUGUGUUUUUCAUAUCCAUGUGCCCCUCUGAUAAAAGGAUUACUUGUGAAUCAUAUUUGGAUAUUUGGCCAAAGGAAGAGAAAUGGUUCCGUCUGCACCAUUUUGCUUGUCUUCUGAGGAUUUUGAGCACAAAAAUCUUUAGUCCAGAUUGUCUGUUGCUACAUGUUACAAAGAUGAGGUAAUUUCAAACCACAUGCAGUUUCACACUUCCUCAGACUAGAAUGUACUUUAACAGAAAUCCCCCCCAAAUUCAGCUCUCACCACUUGGUAAAGUUCGAGGUAUUUUUGGUCUCCUGUUGUAAUGCACACCUUUCAAAUCACUUUGUAGCUCUAUCCAGUGAGGAAAAAGUUUUUGUCCCAAUAAUAUAAGCUGCAGGAGUAUGAUGUGAUUAAUUAUGGCCAAGGAAGGAUUUUUAGAUUAACACUGUUUAGUAUUCAACAGGAGUGUGUCAGUAUUUCUUUAACCUUGAAUGCAGUUACCACAUUUUCCAGUUACAUACAUACAAACUGUUGUAUGUAGAGGUGCACUGAUACAGCUACUUUGUGUUUAUACUCUGCAUCAUCAAAAGAAUUUGUCUGUUUGAAAUGUGAUAAUACUUUUAAAUGGUGGGACAUGAGUUAAUAAAAAUGUUUUGCUGUGUAAAAAAAACAAAAAAAAACAUCUGGUGUUGAGAUUUGACACAUUUGACACAUGCAUCAUGGUAAGCCACUGACAAUGGCAUGACUUCAAGAGGCAUUAAAAGUAUUUUGGUAUCA